GCGGCCUCCUUCGCCCGCGCCCUUGUUUCCAGGGGGCCUUGUUUGGUGCGACACCGCCGCAGCCUGCUCGCCGGCCGGAGUGGGAUGGCGGAGGCGCCGCCGGGCUCUCGACGCAGCGCCCUGCCGGGGGCGGCCUAGGCACCAGUCACAGGAAGAUGACCAAACUUAAGGGAUUUGAGUUCUGGAAAAAUACACUGAAAAGUGCCCGCUUUGUGGUUGCUCCCAUGGUGGAUCAGAGUGAGUUGGCUUGGAGACUGUUAAGCCGCCGCCAUGGGGCCCAGCUGUGUUACACUCCUAUGCUGCAUGCUCAGGUCUUUGUCAGAGAUGCCAAUUACCGUAAGGAAAACUUAUAUUGUGAUGUGUGUCCAGAAGAUAGACCUUUGAUUGUGCAGUUUUGUGCCAAUGAUCCAGAAGUGUUUGUUCAGGCCGCCUUGCUGGCUCAGGAUUAUUGUGAUGCUGUUGACCUGAAUUUGGGAUGUCCUCAGAUGAUUGCAAAGAGAGGUCACUAUGGAGCAUUCCUACAGGAAGAAUGGGACCUUCUUCGGAGAAUGAUUAUGUUGGCUAACGAGAAGCUCUCUGUUCCUAUCACAUGCAAAAUCCGUGUUUUCCCAGAAAUUGCCAAGACUGUGAAAUAUGCCCAGUUGCUGGAAGAGGCUGGUUGUCAACUCCUGACUGUCCAUGGUCGCACUAAAGAACAGAAGGGGCCUCUUGCAGGUGUAGCCUCCUGGGAGCACAUACAGGCAGUGAGAAAGGCUGUGAACAUCCCUGUCUUUGCAAAUGGAAACGUACAGUACCUGAAUGAUGUGGAAAGGUGUAUUCAGAAGACAGGAGUUCAGGGUGUCAUGAGUGCAGAGGGCAAUCUUCACAAUCCAGCUUUGUUUGAAGGAAGAAACCCUGUAGUUUGGGAGAUGGCUGAGGAAUACUUGGAAAUAGUACAGCAGUACCCUUGCCCUCUGUCCUAUGUCAGGGCUCAUCUCUUUAAGCUUUGGCAUCAUACGCUGCAAGUUCACCAUCAGCUGCGUGAUGAAUUAGCAAAAGUGAAGUCACUGGAUGGACUUAUAGCUGUUAACCAAGAACUGAAGUUACAUUGCCAGAAAGAAAUAGCACAAUUGAAGGAAGGAGAGAAUCCACAAGGAGGAUUGCCAUUCUUCCAUUGGAUUUGUCAGCCAUAUCUCCGGCCAGGGCCCAAAGAGACAUGCAAGGAAAAUGGCACUAGUAGGAUUGAAGGCAGUACACGGGGAAAGCGAGCUUUGGAAGAUGAGGAAGAUGGGACCUUGGAUUCUCUUUCAAAGAACAAACAAAAGAAGAAAUUAAGAAAUCCUAAUAAAAGCUUUGAUCCAUCUUUAAAACCUAAAUAUGCGAAAUGUGAUCAGUGUGGAAAUCCAAAGGGUAACAAGUGUGUGUUUAACAUGUGUCGAGGAUGCUGUAAGAAAAGGGCUUUUAGAGAAACAGCAGAUUGCCCAGGCCAUGGGCUGCUUUUUAAAACCAAACAUGAAAAAAGUCUAUUGUGGAAAAGUGGGCAAUCCAGCCUGGAGAAGCUUGAGGAGACAACACAGGAAGCUGAGGUAGAGGAGGCUCUGUUGCUAAAAGAAGCUAUUGAUGGUGUUGCAUGAGGCCUUGGUACAUCCUCCUGGAUUUGCGAACCGGCCUCCGUCUCCCCUUCUGGGCCAAAGAAACCCCUGCUUCCAGAACACAAGAACGUGACGCCACAGAUCAAAUGUGAGAGGUUUUAUUAAGGAAAAAAUUCUUUUCUCAGGGAAAUGUCCUGUAGUGGAAAUAAAAAAGGAUGCAAAGAAAGCUUUUUCACAAUAUGUUUAAAAGAUGUCAAAAGACUGAGCCAGGAGCACCGGCCUCAAUAUGCUGCAAUGGGGACAAAUUAAAGAUAUGACUUGCCUGUUUAAAA